AUGUGGCCGUGCGGCGGGCGGCGGCAGCGGCGUCUCGGGGCCGCGGCGAUCGUCGCCUUCGCGCUGUGGCUGCUGCUGCGCAGGUAUUACCCAUGUCUGCUGCCGGUUGUUUCAGAGCCCUGUGAGAAUGCUGUGCUAUACAGGUUUAACUGGAGUGAGCUGAUCCCGCCACGGUUAUGGGGGAGGACCUUAGGCUUGCAGACAGAGAGCUCCCAGUUCCUCCUGGAAGGGAUGCCUUUCCGCAUCUUUGGGGGGUCAAUGCACUACUUCCGAGUCCCCAGGGAAUACUGGGAGGACCGCAUGCUUAAGAUGAAAUCCUGUGGCUUAAACACCCUCACCACGUACGUGCCGUGGAACCUUCAUGAACAAGAAAGAGGGAAGUUUGACUUCAGUGGAAACCUGGAUCUCGAGGCCUUCCUUUCACUGGCAGCUAAAAAUGGACUGUGGGUGAUCCUCCGUCCUGGACCUUAUAUCUGCUCGGAAUGGGACCUCGGUGGUCUGCCCAGUUGGCUACUGCAAGACCCAGAGAUGCAACUGAGGACAACGUACAAAGGCUUCACAGAAGCUGUGGAUGCCUAUUUCGAUCGUCUAAUGCCUAUUGUUGUCCCUCUUCAGUACAAGAAAGGAGGUCCCAUCAUUGCAGUGCAAGUGGAGAAUGAGUAUGGUUCCUAUGCCAAAGACCCAAACUACAUGACCUAUGUUAAAAUGGCCCUGUUGAACAGAGGGAUUGUGGAACUGUUGAUGACCUCAGACAACAAGAACGGGCUGUCGUUUGGCUUAGUGAAAGGAGCACUGGCCACUGUUAACUUUCAGAAACUGGAAACUGGGCUACUGAAGUAUCUGGACACAGUACAGAAAGACCAGCCAAAGAUGGUGAUGGAGUAUUGGACUGGAUGGUUUGAUCACUGGGGAGGCCCUCACAAUGUCUUUGAUGCAGAUGAAAUGGUGACUACUGUGGCAAACGUCCUCAAGUUAGGAGCAUCCAUCAAUCUCUACAUGUUUCACGGAGGCACCAACUUUGGCUUCAUGAACGGUGCUUUGCAGGCUGAUGAAUACAAGUCAGAUGUCACCAGUUAUGAUUAUGACGCUGUGCUGACGGAAGCUGGAGACUACACAUCCAAAUUUUUCAAGCUCCGGCAGCUCUUCAGCGUGAUCAUUGGCCAGCCUCUGCCUCUCCCUCCCAUGAUUGAAAGCAAGGCAUCAUAUGGUGCAAUCCUGUUGCAUCAGUGUAUCUCUCUCUGGGAUGUGUUACCAUCUCUUUUACAGCCCAUUAAGUCAGAGUUUCCCAUUAACAUGGAGAAUGUGCGUGGAAACGACAGCAGUGGGCAGUCCUUUGGAUAUGUGCUCUAUGAGACCGUCAUCUUUGGGGGUGGACACCUGCACUCCAGGGACCACGUCCGCGACCGCGCGCAGGUCUUUGUUAACACCAUGUAUGUUGGAGAGCUGGACUACAACACAGUGGAGCUCUCCCUUCCUGAAGGACAGGGAUUCAGGCAGCUACGACUCCUGGUAGAGAACCGCGGUCGCGUCAAUUAUGGCCUGGCACUGAAUGAACAGAGGAAAGGCUUAAUUGGUGACGUCUUCUUGAAUAAAACCCCCUUGAGGAACUUCAAGAUUUACAGUUUGGAGAUGAAACCUGGCUUCAUGAAAAGCCUGCGACAGCUGCCUGCAUGGAGCACGGUCCCGGAUUACUUUGUGGGGCCGGCUUUCUUUCGUGGAAGGCUGUGGAUAGAGCAUCAGCCACAGGACACUUUCUUGAAGCUACAGGGCUGGGAGAAAGGAGUUGUGUUUGUCAAUGGUCAGAACCUGGGCCGCUACUGGAAAAUUGGACCUCAGGAAACACUCUACCUUCCUGGCCCCUGGUUGUGGAAAGGGAGCAAUGAGAUCGUGAUAUUUGAGGAACACACUGCAGGACGGAUAAUACAGUCAGUCGACAUCCCUUACUUAGGGAGGACCCAGUACGUGGACUGAUGGGCACUUCCUCCCCAUGUUUGGCUAUUUACAGUACUCCUGGUUGCAUGUCUGGGGACACCAUGGCCCAAGUGCUUGGGCAUGUUAAUUUCCACUAGACCCAGGUAAAGGAUUUGCUCUUUGGCAGUAAGUUCAGCAGAAAGAGUGGGCCCCGAAGGAGCCAGAGCCCAUUGUUUCAUAGGUGGAGGUGGAAGCUCAUCUCCCUGCACUACUGAGGACCCACAGCUUGGAUAGCUGCACAUGAUGUUAUGGACUGUCUGGUGAAUGUGGGGGAGUAAAAACAAGCUGGAGGCAGGAGAAAAGAGAGAGAAAGAACCAAAGCCAUCUGAACUGAAAGUUGAGCUCAGCUCUCCAGGGACUUUAAAAAUGUGUUCUUCCUGGCCUCCUUGUUUUUAUAAUUAGAUUGGGAGAAAACAGUUGGUGAACUUGUGAGUAACCAGGUGUGGAAACCAGAUUGCUGUGCUUCCAGGCAGAAUUUAGCAACUCAUUCUGCAAAGAGGCCAUUACUUGUUCACUUGUUGGAAGCCAAGUUGGUUGUCAAAUGACUUUGAGGGUUUUUUUCCACUCAGUUUUCCUGUGGAGGUUGCUUCUCUCUCAAAAAGGAAAAAACAAACAAACCAGUUUUAAAAGUGGAAUGUGUUUUGUCCUCUAUCAAAUACAUCAUGAUGUUUCAGGCCAGGAAGGAAUGAGAACCACCAAAGAGGAGACGUGGGAGAAGAGAAGGACGAGUCAGUCUUCCAGUCAUCCAUCCACUGUGAAGCACUUAAUGAAAUUGCCCCUUGUAAAAUGAGCAGGGAUCAGAUUUUGGUUGGGAUAGAAGUAAAAGGGUUGCAAAUGGGAAAGCACAUCAGUACUGUCUGGUUAAAUGUACUGUGGGAUCUUGGGCCCUGUCCAGAAACACAGGAUUUAGGGAAAUGUGUUUAUAUUCUGUUUGUAACUCACCAGCUCCACAGUCACUGGGGAGCUGCCAUCUCUUUAGGGACAGGGACAGAUCAAACUCAAGCUGCACAUCUCUUCAGAAUCCCUGAGAAGUCGCUCAGCCCCUGCUUUCUGUUCCAGGAACCAGAGGACUCAGGCUAUGAGAGAAACACCAAACACGUGCAGCGUCUCUGAGAAGGGAGUUGCAGGGUAUUCUGGCUCUUAGAAACCAUAAUUUUAUUUAACAAAUUUAAAUACAGUUUGUUUAAAACUGAGGACAGACAGUGCAGCUGUGAUACACUCCAUCCUGGCCACAGCUGCUCUUACUGAACAUACACAUCUCUGCUCCCGAGGACCACGGUAGCCUCUGUGCAAGCUGGAAGGGCCCAGGCCUGUGCCCAACUUUGAGGAGAGGGGAGUGUACCUGCAGGGUUGUGGUCAGGCCUCAAUCCUUUGCAUUUCUUCCUGAAAGUUAUUUCCUUCCAAGGAGGGAAGGCUGUGACCCAGCAGGGACUGGGAUCAAGGACUAGCAAAACAAAACAUGCAGCUAGGAGAGGACAUCAGUUGGAAGCUACUGAAAUGGUAUGAAAACCUUUAAAAAUGCCUCUUUCCACUCUAGGGUUUGCAGACAAAGUGAACUUGGGUAGGGACUAUGAUGACUGCAUAAAUCUGCUGGAGUGCAGAGUGUUUUAAUGCAAGGUUACAAUACCCCUUCCCACGGAGCAGCCAGUGGCCAGCAGCAGCAAAUGCUCCCCAGCCAAGGAGUGCUUUAGCCAACGCAUCUGAAAGGGACAUUUCUCUAGAGGCUUCUGUGACUGAGAACUUAAAGAGUGCACCUUUCCCCAGUGCUUUGGACCUACAGUGGGAGAAAAUAACUUACCAAAAACUAGAAAUAUUCCCUUCAAACAUGAGGAAAUACAGCAUGUCAUUAGUCCAAGGGGAGGCUUCAGCCAGAGAUCAGAUCUAGAGCAUUUUAGUAGUUCUGUGUGUUAGGGCUAGAAACAACCAAGUCUGUUUCCAGGAUUACAUUUUCCCUCAAUUCAAAGGUAAAUUGUGCUUCAGACCUUGUUUUUUUCCCAAAGAAUGGGGACAUUGGGGGUUUAUCAAAGGUUUGACAGCAACUAUCAAAGGGGAGGUAAGUGCUGGGUUGUUAUUUAGAAGGGCUGGAGUUGGGGAGAAGGGGUCUGUUGUACCUCAGUUUCUUCCUCAGCAUGUUUGUCAAUCUCAAAUACAGAGCCAACCAAGGCAGUAGCACCCAGGCUCCUCUUCUGCAUUGCUCACUCCUGUGUCUUUCACUUGAGAAGCAAAAUACAGUUCCAUCAGAGAACACCCUUUCCUCAAUGCUUCUCAGGUCCUGCUACACAACAGGAAAGAGGAGACUCAUGUUCUACAUAGACAGUUUUUCAACCUACCUCAAGCCAGGUGCUGAAGAACAGAGCACUAAGCACAUGUUCCCCUUUACAAGGGUGCUGCUCUAUCCCUCAGAGGUUAACUCUCCAGCUGCUCCAGCGUGGCUGUUCAUGCCUGUAGCUCUGCAGCAGCAUGGGAUGGCCCUGACAAAGGGGCUAGGGCUGAAGGAUUCUUUCCAGUAGAAUGCUAAAUGCACUAACAUUGGCUUUUAUCAUUCAGUCCCUAGUUGUAAGCAGUGAAGUUUAUUUUUUGAGUCAAAACUUGGCUUUAUGUCAAGCACUCUUCAGCCAAUCCCACACUUAAUGCUCAUAGGAACCAAAUUAGAGCUAAUUAGAACCAAGACCUGAGCCUGGAUGAAGUUUAUGGCUGCAACACUCAUUAAACCCCUCUUCCAAUUAUCUUAGCCUGGAUGAAUAGAGAACCACAUGCUGCCAGCAUCACUCCAUCCAGCAACAGUGGUCAACUGGUAGUGGUCAGUGGCUCAGUGUCCAGCUGGAGAUCCAUGACAAGUGGUUUCCAACCAAAAUGACUCUAUGAUUCUAUACCCUGGUGUGGUGAACCCCCUACUGCAGUGCUUCAUCCAGCUCUGGGGCCUCCAACAUAAAAAGGACAUGGACCUGUUGGAGCAAGUCCAGAGGAGGACACAAAACUGAAGGCUGGAACACCUCUCCUGUGAAGAGAGGCUGAGAGGUGGGGUUGUUCAGCCUGGAGAAGAGAAGGCUCUGGGAAGACCUUAUUGCAGCCUUCCAGUAAUUAAGGGGGCUUAUAAGGAAGAUGGGGACAAACUUUUUAGCAGGGCCUGUUGUGACAGGACAGGGGAUAAUGGCUUUCAACUAAAACAGGGCAGAUUUAGGUCAGAUAUAUGGAAGAAUUUCUUUUUAUGGUGAGGGUGAUGAAACACUGGAGCAGGCUGCCCAGUGAGGUGGCACAUGCUCCAUCUCUGGAAACAUUCAAGGUCAGGUUGGAUGAGGCUCUGAGCAACCUGCUCCAGCUGAGAUGUCCCUGCUCAUUGCAGGGGAGGUGAACUUAGAUGAUCUUUAAAGUUCCCUUCCAACUCAAACUAUAACACCGAUGUGUGUCAGAGUGCCCUCCAAACCAUGAAGCUAAUGAGAGAAGGAUGACACAAGGAGAACAGAGAUACUUAAUGUGUUUGUUCUAACCUGCCUUGCUCUCCACUCUCCUCCAAAACCCUCCUGUGUUGUGCAGUGUAAUGAACACUGAUAAAGGAGAUUCAAAAUUAAGGGCUAAGGUGCCAUCUCAGAAGGCAGCUGUCCCCUCCAUGAACAGAGGACACACAUAGCCACAAGGUACGUGUGUCUCAGGAGAAACAAGUCCCUGGGGGCCACCAAGCUCCUGUGGGCAUUCCCACCCUCCUUUCAGGUCCUGUCAGACAGCCCCCUCAGUCUAGACCACCAUUGCAGUGUCCAGUGCAUCGUGCCCUGCGUGCGCCUCUCCCAAACUGAGCAUCUCACGAGGCAGCUGCUCUUGUACUGAAGCUGACGUCAGUCCUCCAUUUUCUGUGCUUUUUCUCCACCUCCAGAGCGUCUGGUUCUGCUCAGAGUCCAGGAGGAAGGGCAGGGGAAUCUGGGUAGUUUAUGUAUGCAGUGUUGCUUGGUUUCAGUACACUAAAACUCUUGGAAGUCAGCAGAGGUCCUGGCUACUGCACGUCUGGCUGGUUGUAUGCUGCGAAGAGGAACCUUGCAGGCUGUGCAUGAAGAAAUCUUCUGCAACAGAGACACAAGCAGCAUGUGUAUUACCCUUCUGCCUCACUGCAGUUAGCUGCCACCCCUUGGAACUAUCCCAAAACCCAUCUGAGAUUGCAGAUCUGUGAGUACUGCUGCUAGGCAACUGGGUGUUGGUGAAAAACAGUUGUGACAGCGCUGAAGAGCUAUGGCCUCUCUGCAAAGCUGCUAUAUAUAGCACUGAUAAUGUGCAGUGCAGGCUUUCCUCUGCUCUCUUGCCAAUGGGCUGCAAAGGCAGGCCACUGCAGCAGGCAGGGCUCCAUCCAGUCAGCCCAAGGGAAUGUGCUAUAAGAGAGCUUAUUGCUGUUAAAAAUACACUACUGCUGAGCAAAUCUGCCCCUUUGCUGCUCUUACUUCUCUGGACUUGAGAAGAGAACAAGCAGCAACUUUCUCUCCCCUCCAGGCCUGGUUCUACACUCCAGUUAAAGGGAGUUGUGCAUUUAUGGUUCUCCCCAUAACAACAAAGCACAGCAACAGUCUGGAUGCAGAUAGGAGCAAACAGCCCAUCCUUCACUCCAGCAAACCAACUGCCAGGUGCACUCUGGAGACACAGAGGGCUAAAUGCACCAGGGUGCUCAGAGAACUAAAGGUGAGAUGCCAGGGCAUGAACAAACGAGCAGGAACUCAGCCAUCAAUGUGCAUGUUCUUUCCUCCUUUCCACUGAAGAAGACACUACCUGCUCACCUUAGGUAAACUAAUCCACACCCUCCUUUACUUGUCACUGACUGUGUGUGGCUUUGAUGUGGAUAAAAAUGAAACUCUUCCCUCAGUGAAAGCUCCUGCCUGACUUAAAAAUGCUUUCUCUGAUUUUGCUUUAUCUUUGCAGAUGUUUGCAGGUGGAUGAACCCACAUCCCUCACUGCUGUGCUUUAGCUGUGUUAGUACAGUUACAAGGCAACCUUCUUGUUUAUACAAAGGUUUGGGUUUAUAUCAAUGUUACUGCUGCCUAAACUCUCACUCACUGGAUUUCUCUUGUCUCCCUCACCAGUUAUUUCUCCUUUAGCAGCUUCUCUUAAAGAUAAAAAAAGAGAGAUUCACUAAUGUUGUC